CCAAACCAAAACAGGAAAGCGAGUGUUGGACUGACUGAAGGGAGACGACUCCUCCAGUUUAACAAUCAGGGCAACGGAAGAGAUUCUCUUCUCGUGCCAAUUCAGCAGGAGACCAUGAAGCAUCCAUCUCCUCCUAAGAACAUCCUCAUCCCUCUUCUCCUCUUCCUCCUGCUCUAUCCCUAUGCAUCACGAGCAGAACGGGGCUCUCUUUCAAAAGGGUCUUCUCUCUCCGUAGAGGAUGCCGUCUCAGAUAUCCUCAUCUCCCCGAGAAGGUCUUUCGCAUGCGGCUUCUACAACGUCGGCACUAAUGCCUAUGCCUUCUCGAUCUGGUUCUCCGAUUCAGCCAACAAGACCGUCGCAUGGACUGCAAACCGGGAUGAUCCGGUAAACGGUCAUGGAUCAAAAAUUAGCUUCCGCAAGGAUGGAGGCAUGGUUCUAGCUGACACCGAUGGCACGGUUGUGUGGAGCACGAACACAAGCUCGACGCUAGCAGAUCGAGUGCAGCUAUUGGACACCGGUAAUCUUGUCGUGCAGGACCCCCGCGGUAAAAUUCUAUGGCAAAGCUUCGAUUCUCCUACGGACACUCUUCUUCCCAAGCAACCGAUUACUAAAACCAUUCGAGUAGUAUCUGCGGCCGCUCCAAGAUCACUCUCUGCAGGCUACUAUGGCUUGUAUUUCGACAACGACAACGUCCUCAGGCUCAUAUACGAUGGGCCUGAUAUUUCUAGCAUCUACUGGCCCAAUCCUGAUGACGAUGUGUUUCAAAACGACCGGACGAAAUACAACAGCAGCAGAUAUGCAGUAUUGGAUGAGAUGGGAAAGUUCGUUUCCAGCGACAAGUUCGCAUUCAAUGCUUCCGACAUGGCUCCUGGAAUCUUAAGAAGGCUGACUCUGGACUACGAUGGCAAUCUCAGGCUAUACAGCCUAGAUGAAUCGGAAAAAACGUGGUCGGUUACCUGGGAAGCUCUUCCGCAGCCCUGCCAGAUACAUGGGCUGUGUGGCAGGAAUGGAAUCUGCACGUAUAUGCAAUCCAAAGUGGUCUGUUCGUGCCCUCCUCAUUACGAGAUGAGCGAUCAAAGCGACUGGCGCAAAGGUUGCAAGCCAAAGUUCAAUACGAGCUGCAACACCAACUCAUUUCUAGAGCUACCCCGAACAGAUUUCUGGGGUUACGAUCUCAAUUACUCCGAGUCCACUUCCUUCGAGGCUUGCAAGAAGACAUGUGAAGAGGAUUGUUCUUGUGAAGGAAUACAUUAUGUGUCUGGUAAGUGCUAUUCUAAAAGCAGUCUCUUUAACGGGAGAGCUCCUCCGGACACCCCAGGCAACACGUACUUGAGGAUGCCUGCAAGUAUGUCAACAUCGGGGUCCUCUGCUCCUCAAAUGCACGAGCUCGUUUGCAACGCCACGGACUCUGAAGCUGCAGCAAGUUCUUCAAGUAUGUACGGGAGCAGGAGAGGGAAGACGAGGUGGGUGUAUUUCUAUGGGUUCAUAUCAGCGUUCGGAGCCAUCGAAAUCCUGUUUGUUGUAUCAGGAUGGUGGUUUAUUUUCAGAAGGGAACGGAAACCAACAUCCCUGGAAGAAGGGUACAGGUUGAUAUCCAGUCAAUUCAGGCAGUUCACAUACAAAGAGCUCAAAAGGGCAACUGGGAAAUUCAUGGAUGAGAUUGGAAGGGGAGGCUCGGGUGUUGUGUACAAGGGAGUAUUGGAUGAUAAGAGGGUGGUGGCCGUGAAGAAGUUGGGAGAUGCGAUCCAAGGAGAGCUGGGCGCUGAAAUGAGUCUAAUAGGGAGAAUUUAUCACAAGAACCUUGUGAGAAUUUGGGGGUUCUGCUCAGAAGGUGCGCACAAUCUACUAGUUACCGAGUAUGUGGCGAAUGGUUCUUUGGACAAGCACAUCGUCGGCGAACAUGGCACAGCAAGUGUUUUGGGAUGGAGCGAGAGGUUCAAGAUUGCGGUAGGGGUGGCGCAAGGAUUAGCAUACCUUCAUCAUGAAUGCCUUGAGUGGGUCAUCCACUGUGACGUGAAGCCUGAAAACAUACUCCUGGAUGAUGAAUUUGAGCCUAAGAUUGCAGACUUUGGAUUGGCAAAACUGUCAAAUAGAGGUGGAGUUCGCUCGGACACUUCACGGAUUCGAGGAACCAGGGGAUACAUGGCUCCUGAAUGGACUACAAAUCUUCCAAUCACCGCAAAGGUUGAUGUUUAUAGCUAUGGAGUCGUACUCCUGGAGAUGGUGAAGGGAAGCAGGGUUUCAAACUCGAUGGUUGAUGAGGAAGAGGAGGUUGAAGGAACGCUGAAAAGUUUGGUUAGGAUGUUGAAGGGAAAACUGGAGAGUGGAGAGGAAUCAUGGGCCGAACAGAUUGUGGAUUCUAGAUUAGAUGGGCAGUUCAAUUGCAAGCAAGCAGAGAAGCUGGUGGAGAUAGUAGUCUCUUGCUUGGAAGAAGACAGAAACAAAAGACCGACGAUGGCUUCUGUAGUCCAUACGCUCCUAUCAUACCAUGAUGAGCCCAGCUCCAACGAGGAACUAGCAGUAAAUAAGUAGUAGCAUCUCCUAUCGUCGAUCAUGUGUGCAGUUAUAGGUCUCCUGGUUGUGUCUGAUGUGUUUCUCUGUAUGUCUUUUUGAUGGAAGUGUUUUUCUGCAUGUCAUAUGAAAAUAAAAUAUAAUGGUCAUGCUGGACCUUCUUUCUUUUUGUUGGACUUGUCUAUGUAUUUGUAGGAAGAAUUUGAAGGUAUUGCACAAUAAAAAUUCUCCAUUUCAAGUGUCAA